AGGAGCGGGGAAGAUGGCGGACGCGGAGCAGCGCGCGUGCGAGGCGGUGGAGAGCGAGUCGCGCCUGAGCAAAAAGUGAGGGAGGACGGGCAGGGGGAGCCGGGCCGGGGAGGCCGGGCCGGGACAGGUCGCCCGUCGGAGCUGGCCAUGCUGAGCCCUGCCGCCGCGCGGCUCCGCGGCUGGGUCUGGAGGGCUGCGCCCGCCCUCCGGUGGCGCCGGGCACUUCACGACCGAAGCAGUGAGCUGAAGAGACGUUUAAAGGCUGAGAGAAAAACAGCUGAGAAAGAGGCAAAGCAGAAGGAGCAAAGUGAAAAGCAAUCAAACAAGCUUUCUGUGACUUCUGACUCCGAGAAUAAUAUUGCUGCUGAUGAAGAAAGCUUGGAUCCGAACCAAUAUUACAAGAUCCGUAGCAAUGCAAUCCAGCAGCUGAAGGGCACCAAUGAAGAUCCCUAUCCCCACAAGUUCCAUGUAGACAUAUCUCUGACAGAUUUUAUAGAGAAGUACAGUCACCUGCAGCCAGGAGAUCACCUGACAGACAUUACAGUGAGAGUGGCAGGUCGAAUCCAUGCAAAACGUGCCUCUGGAGGGAAGCUGAUUUUCUAUGAUCUUCGUGGUGAAGGAGUCAAGUUGCAGGUCAUGGCAAAUUCCAGGCUCUACAAAUCCGAGGAAGAGUAUUUCCGUAUUAACAACAAGCUGCGUCGUGGGGACAUUAUUGGUGUAGAGGGGAAUCCUGGGAAAACAAAGAAAGGGGAACUGAGUAUUAUUCCUUAUGAAAUAACUCUGUUGUCCCCAUGCCUGCACAUGUUGCCUCAUCUUCACUUUGGCCUCAAAGAUAAGGAAACUAGGUAUCGUCAGAGAUACUUGGAUUUAAUUCUUAAUGAUUACGUGAGGCAGAAAUUUAUAACCCGUGCGAAGAUCAUUACAUAUAUUCGGAGCUUUCUGGAUGAGUUGGGCUUCCUUGAGAUUGAAACUCCUAUGAUGAAUGUAAUUCCAGGUGGAGCUGUGGCAAGACCUUUUAUCACAUACCACAAUGAACUGGAUAUGAAUUUAUACAUGAGAAUUGCUCCAGAGCUUUACCAUAAGAUGUUGGUGGUUGGAGGCAUGGACAGAGUAUAUGAAAUUGGGCGUCAGUUCCGUAAUGAAGGCAUUGAUUUGACUCACAACCCUGAGUUCACAACUUGUGAAUUCUAUAUGGCUUAUGCAGACUACCAUGACUUGAUGGAAAUUACAGAGAAAUUGCUUUCAGGGAUGGUGAAACAUAUUACUGGAAGUUACAAGAUCACUUACCAUCCAGAUGGUCAAGAUGGACAGGCCUAUGAGAUAGAUUUUACUCCUCCCUUCCGACGAAUUAGCAUGGUGGAUGAUCUGGAAAAGGUCCUAGGAGUGAAAUUCCCACCAGCUGAGUGUUUUGAAACUGAAGAAACUCGGAAGUUCUUUGAUGACCUUUGUGCAGAGAGAAAUGUUGAGUGUCCACCUCCCAGGACAACAGCCAGGCUUCUUGACAAAUUAGUUGGUGAAUUCCUGGAAGUCACAUGUAUCAACCCUACAUUCAUUUGCGAUCACCCACAGAUCAUGAGUCCUCUAGCCAAAUGGCAUCGCUCUCGUCCAGGACUAACAGAACGUUUCGAACUCUUUGUAAUGAAGAAGGAAGUGUGCAAUGCAUACACAGAACUUAAUGAUCCUUUUCGUCAGCGGCAGCUUUUUGAGGAUCAGGCCAAGGCAAAAGCUGCAGGUGAUGAUGAAGCCAUGUUUAUUGAUGAAAACUUCUGUAUGGCUCUGGAGUACGGCCUUCCUCCUACAGCCGGCUGGGGCAUGGGAAUUGAUCGCUUCACCAUGUUCCUUACAGACUCCAAUAACAUCAAGGAGGUGCUUCUCUUCCCUGCCAUGAAGCCGGAGGACAAUAAGAAGGAGGCGCAGCCCGACCCGCCCGCCGAAGGCACCUCAGUGUGAGGAAGCGCCUCAGCGUGGAGAAGCCCCUCAAUAAACGCAGUCUUUUCCGCCGCCCGUC